AUGUUUUCCACAAAGAAACAUCUUCUCCUUUCGGCUUUCCUUGCAUCUUGGACUGUGCAGGGACAUAUGAUAAUGACUUCUCCCCAGCCCUUCGGUCAAGACACCUUGAACAAUUCUCCCUUGGCUGGCGAUGGCUCUGACUUUCCAUGUAAACUUCGAAGCGACACCUAUUCCUACACCGCCGAUGUUCUCUCGGCCAACACGUACCAUGUCGGUGACUCGCCUCUAUUGAGCUUCAAGGGCGGUGCCACUCAUGGCGGUGGUUCUUGUCAAAUCAGCUUGACCACCGACCUCACGCCUACAAAAGACUCCACGUGGUUCGUCAUCCAUUCCAUUGAAGGCGGAUGUCCUACAAAUGCAGCUGGAAACAUCGGGGAUGAUGCCAACGCACCAGAUCCAACGACAUUCAACUUUACAGUUCCCGAUAUUGCCGCGGGUCGGUAUACCUUGGCUUGGACCUGGUUCAACCGAAUUGGUAACCGCGAAAUGUACAUGAACUGUGCUCCUGUUGAGAUUCUUUCGACGGCAGGUAGCGGGAAGCGAGAGGUAGAGACAUCGUUGUCCAAGCGCGCUGAUUUCCCCGAAAUGUUUGUCGCCAAUAUCAACGGAUGUACUACAAAGGAAGAUUUCGAUAUUCGUUUUCCAAAUCCAGGUGAUUCGGUGGUGUAUCUUGGCGAGGCUACGAAUCUUCUACCAUCGGGCCAGGCUGCCUGCACUGGAGGCGCGGGUAUUACUGCUACUGGUGUCAUUGCCGCUCCUACUCCUACUGGCACUGGCGCGGCUAGUGGUACUUCUGGAAGUGCUUCCGGAGGCUCUUCAGGAGCGUCCACUGGUAGCUCUACUACAGCUGCUGCUACCAUCCUCACCACCACGGCGGCAACCUCGACUGUUCCUGAAAAUACCGUGCAGCCAGUCCCUGCCCCAACAUCCACGGAACCAGCUACUUCUGUCGCAACGUCUACCCCAUCCACGGGCAGUAGUAGUGAUACUACAUCCAGUGCUCUCAGUGGUGCUUGUUCAACCGAAGGCAUAUGGAAUUGCAUUGACGGCACAUCCUUUCAACGUUGUGCUAGUGGUGCGUGGUCGGCUGCUCAACCUGUUGCUGCCGGAACCAAGUGCAAUGCUGGACAGUCAAGCGACUUGACUCUUGUUGCGGCCAAGCGAGCGUAUGCUGGCCACAUACAUGAUCGCCGUCGUUCGCUCGUCGACAAGGCUCAAUCCUGA